GGCUAUCAGAUUACGCAACAAGAAACCCCCUUUGCUACCGCAGGCCAUUUACCAAUUAUCCAAAAAAACGAGAUUCAAAAAAUAUCUAUAAAAUCGCUGCAAUUAGAAGAAGAUACCGCCAAAAGCACUUAUUCAAAAGAGGAAAUUAAGUUAGAUUUUAAUCGGGCCGGUAAUCCUUUAAUCGAAUUAGUUACUGAGCCAGUUUUUCACCAAGUAGAAACCGUUUUAGUAUUUAUCAAGCAAUUACAAAAUCUUUUGCGUUAUUUGGGGGUUUCGGAAGCCAAAAUGGAAAGAGGUCAAUUGAGA